AUGGGCCUGUUCUCCCGCAAGGAAAAGGCCCCAAAAGCCUCCAAGAAGCCUUCCAUCAACACGUCCAACGUGAGCAUCAACUCAGGCACAUCCAGCAUCAAGUCACCACCAUUGCGCAGCAACAUCAUGAACAGAACCUCGGGAACCAGCACCGCCCCCGGCACCCCUCUGACGCCCUUUUCGCCUGUUGCCGUUCCCAAGGUCGACCUGCCGCGUCCUCCUGACCCGCAGCUCGACCCGGCGGGGUACCUACGGAGUUUGGGAGCCGUCAGAGAAAGAAGCAAGAUCGUGACGGAAAAGGCUCUGCGGAAUGAGUUGAAGCACUUUGAUGUCGACAUGCGAAAAUUCCCCGACGUGGUGACAUUUGUUUCCCGUAUCAUCAAGAGAGAUUACGAUGCACCGUUCAACACGAUCCCCGGCCACGGGAGACACCAGCAUUUCUGCGUCGGCGGCCGCGAUCGCAUCGCUCAGCUUCUCUCUACCUUCCCCGAGGAUGUCGACAACAGCGAGAAGUGUCGCCGCAUGAUCGACCUUUUCCUCGUCAGUGUGCUGCUGGAUGCUGGCGCCGGCACGAAAUGGAGCUACAAGAGCACGGAAAAUGGUCGUAUAUACCGCCGGUCAGAAGGUAUUGCAGUGGCGAGCUUGGAAAUGUUCAAGACGGGUCUCUUUUCCAGCGACACCAAGAACAAGUUCCAGGUGGACAAGGAGGGAUUGCGCAACCUGACGGUCGAGAAGAUGGCUGCUGGUCUUCAGUCCAAGGCCGGAAACGAGAUGGCUGGCAUCGAAGGCAGGACACAGCUUCUGCAGCGCUUGGCAAACGCCUUGACGGAGAAGAAGGAGUACUUUGGCGAGGACGGCCGGCCGGGCAACAUGAUUGACUACCUGCUAUCGCACCCGUCGACGCAAGCGUCCUCGAUGCCGAUUGUUGUUCUCCCGACGCUGUGGAACGUCCUCAUGAACGGCCUAAUGCCCAUCUGGCCGCCGUCGCGGACCUCGAUCAACGGCGUGUCUUUGGGCGACGCCUGGCCCUGCCAGUCCAUGCCGCAGCCCCCGCAGAGCCCGACGACGUCGCAAUUUUCGCCAUUCCCGCCUUCCGCACAGAACUCGACAGCCGCCUGGGAAUCCAUCCUGCCGUUCCACAAGCUCACGCAGUGGCUCUGCUACAGCCUGAUGCAGCCCAUGCAGUCGCUCUUGCGGGUCCACUUUGCCGGCGUCGAGCUACUGACGGGCUUGCCCGAGUACCGCAACGGUGGGCUUUUCAUCGACCUGGGCGUUCUCACGCUGCGGCCCGAGGAAACCGAAAGGGGUCUCCAGCACUACGAUGAUUACUGCAAAAAGGCAGGUGUCAAGCCAGCCGAGGUGGCGCCCAUGUUCGAGCCCAGUGACGACGUGAUUGUUGAGUGGCGCGGCGUGACGGUCGGCUUUUUGGACAGACUCUGCGUCGAGGUCAACAAGCAUUUGAAGAGUGAUUUGAACGGGAAUGAGCUCACGCUGGCCCAACUACUUGAAGCUGGUAGCUGGAAGGGCGGUCGAGAGAUGGCCGAGUUCAGCCGACCCAAUACGAAGGAGCCGCCUAUCUUGAUUGAUAGCGACGGAACUGUUUUCUAG